AUGUCUAAGAGCCUCAAGAAGAAAAACCACUGGACCAACAAAGUCCACGAAGCAGUGAUAACCCGGGGAAAGGAAGGAGAGCUUGGGUUCGAGCUGAAGGGGGGCGCGGAGAACGGCCAGUUCCCCUACUUCGGCGAGGUGAAGCAGGGGAAGGGACUGAUCCAGAGCGGCAAACUGGCCCAGGAUGAGCUGCUGCUGGAGGUCAACGACAUGCCAGUGGCCGGACUCACCACCCGGGACGUGCUGGCCGUGAUUAAACACUGCAAAGACCCUGUCCGCUUCAAAUGUGUCAAACAAGGAGGGGUGGUUGACAAGGAUUUGCGGCACUACCUCAACCUGCGCUUCUCCAAGGGCUCAGUGGACCACGACCACCAACAGAUCAUCAGAGACAACCUCUACCUCCGCACCGUUCCCUGUACAACCAGGCAGCCUAAGGAGGGGGAGGUGCCAGGGGUGGACUACAACUUUGUGAGUGUGGAGCGUUUUAUGGAACUGGAGCAAAGUGGAGCCCUGCUAGAGAGUGGAACCUAUGAAGAUAACUUUUACGGCACACCAAAACCUCCAGCGGAGCCGUCUCCCGCAGCUCCUCCUCUGAAUGUGAGUGAAGCCCUGCUGCCCGGAGCCCGGCCCAGCGCCCAGGGCAAGAGGAAGAGGAACCAGUCAGUCAGCAACAUGGAGCAGCGCGCCAGCCUGGAGCCGCCUGAGGAGGAGGAAGAGGAGAGCCCAGUUGUCAACGGCAACGGGGUGGCUAUCACACCAGAGUCCAGUGAACAUGAGGACAAGAGUACGGACGCCUCUGGGGAGGUUGCGGUUGAAACGUCCAUCCAGGCCCCGGUUUCCACCGAGUCUCCCGUCGAAGGAGAAGAGGCCCCGAAAUCUCCCUCUAAAUCCCCCGCCAAAGUCCCAGAUGUAGAUGAGGAAGAGCUUGGUCCUCUGCCCGACAAUUGGGAGAUGGCCUACACAGAGAAAGGGGAGGUCUACUUCAUCGAUCACAACACCAAAACUACAUCAUGGCUGGAUCCUCGGCUCGCAAAGAAAGCGAAGCCACCAGAAGAAUGCAGGGAAGACGAGCUGCCCUAUGGCUGGGAGAAGAUAGAUGACCCCAUCUACGGCAGCUACUAUGUAGAUCACAUCAAUAGAAGGACCCAGUUUGAGAACCCAGUGCUGGAAGCUAAGAGACGCCUGGAGCAGCAGAGGCAAAUGCAGAGCCAGGGACUCUCCGCUCUACCACUGCCCACUAUAUACAGAGAGAAGCCAUUGUUUACAAGGGACCCAACCCAGCUGAAGGGCACCUUCCUGUCGACAGCCCUGCAGAAGAGCAACAUGGGAUUUGGCUUCACAAUCAUAGGAGGCGACGAGCCCGAUGAGUUCUUGCAAGUGAAGAGCGUAAUACCAGACGGACCUGCUGCACAGGAUGGAAAGAUGGACACAGGUGAUGUCAUUGUCUACAUUAAUGACAUCUGUGUGCUGGGCACCACGCAUGCUGACGUGGUCAAGCUGUUCCAGUCCGUACCCAUCGGUCAGAGUGUGACCCUCGUGCUCUGUCGAGGCUACCCUCUGCCCUUUGACCCUGAGGACCCCAGUGGUGGAGCAAGCACCUCCCUGACCCCUAUUGGCCUGGAGCACCGCCCCCUGGUGGUGAACGGCCGCAGCAGCUAUGACCCCUAUCUGGAGUAUCUAUCAUUGAGCUCCCAGCUGCCUCCUCAGGCUCUGGCUCAGGUCCCUCACCCAGGGGACACGCAUCUGGACGGCUCAUCCCUGCCGCCCACCACGCCUGGCUCAUCCUCAGCAAUCACACCUCAUGACGACAAUGUGUCCAUGGCCUCCUCGGGGACUGCAGGGGUUGCCGGGGCAACAGCACAAGCAGCAGAGCUGCUGACAGUUACCAUGGUGAAAGGGGCAGAGGGAUUUGGGUUCACUAUAGCCGACAGUCCCACUGGUCAGCGAGUUAAACAGGUUUUGGAGCCAGGCUCACAAGUAGCAUCCGGGCUAAUAGAGGGAGACCUGAUCCUGGAGGUUAACCAGCAGCCAGUUGCUGCAGCUGGACACGGACGUGUGGUGGAGAUGCUCAAAGAGUGUCCUGUCGGAGCUGAGGCGACACUCCUCAUACAGAGAGCAGCAACAGGCCACGUCUCUCCCUGGAAGGCCUCCAAACAGUUGCCCGACCAAUGGGACCCGCAUGGAAGCCCCCAAGCAACCCUGUCUGGUCCGGUCUUGCCUCCUGGAACACCAUUCCCAAACCAGCCACAGCACCGCACUUCUGUGCCUGACUCAACUGAGGGCUUUGAUCUUAACAAGCCUGACCCCUACGACCUGUAUGAGAAGUCGCGGGCUAUCUAUGAAAGCAGACGUCCAGAGUACGAAGAGGUGGAGGUGCACCUACUGAGGGAGAAGACUGGGUUCGGCUUCCGCAUCCUGGGGGGAGACGAGGCCGUGCAGGCUGUGAGUCCGGACGCCCGUGACAAGAUUGUUAUUGGCGCUAUAAUAGAGAACACUCCUGCUGAGCGCGACGGGCGGCUUAGACCCGGGGAUGAGCUCAUUUCUGUGGAUAAAAAUGUGGUUGCUGGGAAACCGCACAAAUAUGUAAUAGACUUGAUGCACGCAGCCGCUCGCAAUGGUCAAGUCAGCUUGACUGUGAGAAGGAGAGUGCAAAUGCUUGGUGAACCAUGUCCUGUGAACGGCCGCAGCCCCGGCUCAGUGUCGACACAACACAGCUCCCCACGUAGUGACGCAGCCUCGGCUGCGGGCCCUCCAGUGGUUGCCGCUCCCGUUGCCACCUCUCCUCCAGAGGGUACCGCUCUGCAAACCAGUGACGUGGUCAUUCACCGCAAAGAGAAUGAAGGCUUCGGCUUUGUCAUCAUCAGCUCCCUGAACAGACCGGAGAACGCCACCAUCAUCACUGUGCCCCAUAAAAUAGGACGUAUAAUCGAGGGCAGUCCUGCAGACCGAUGUGGGAAGCUGAAGGUGGGCGACCGGAUCCUGGCUGUGAACGGACAGUCCAUCAUCAGUAUGCCGCACGCAGACAUUGUCAAGCUUAUUAAAGAUGCUGGGCUAACAGUCACACUGCACAUCGUACCAGAGGAGGGCUCCCAUUCUGGACCCAGCUCAGAGAAGCAGAGCCCCAUGACACAGAAACACAGCCCCCAACCCAGCCCUGUAGGCCAAUCAAGCCAAGGAGGCAUCCAGCCCAGCCAAACAGCUCCUCACCCAAGCCAAAUGGCCACUCAGACAGCACCUGCCCAGCCCGGCCAGACACCAGCUCAGACAAGCCAAACAGUGCCUGGCCCUCCUGCACCAGGAGCCUCCCAGCCUGCACCAGCUGGAACCCAGCAGAGCCCGGUCACCCAUCCCUCCGGACCCCCUAUACAGCUUUAUCUCCACGACGGCAGGUCAGAGGUAAAAGCCAGACAGGAUGUCAAACCUGACUUCCGCCAUCCUCCAUUCACUGAUUACAGGCAACCACCGGUAGACUACCGUCACCCACCGGUGACCGAUUAUCGACAACCUCCAACGCUGGACUACCGACACCCGCCUGGCCUGCUGGACUUCCGACCGCACCCUGCAGCUGCACAGUUCCCUCUGGGGAUCCCAGCAGACUUCAGACCACAGGACUUUGAUUACUUUACGGUGGAGCUGGAGAAAAGUGCAAAGGGAUUUGGUUUCAGUAUCCGCGGGGGCAGAGAGUACAAGAUGGACCUAUUUGUGUUGCGCCUUGCUGAGGACGGUCCUGCCAUACGUAAUGGGAGAAUGAGGGUGGGGGAUCAGAUCAUAGAGAUUAACGGGGACAGCACUCGGGACAUGACUCACGCCCGUGCCAUUGAACUCAUCAAGGCGGGAGGCAGGCGAGUCAGGCUGCUGCUAAAGAGAGGCACAGGACAGGUGCCAGAAUAUGACUGUGUCGGCCCCUGGGAUUCCCUUUCUACAGUCCACUCUGCCCUGCAGGAAGUGACCCUCGAACCUUACCCGAAUCCAUUGCUCUCAUCCCAUCCAGCCUCAGCCCCAGACUCCCCUCAUCAGCUCCCUCUAGAGGCCACAGUGUGCAUGGCAGACAAAACUCCACAGCUGACAGACCACAGCUCCAUUAGAGGGGCUACAGGUGGCAGGUCCACCCAGCAGAAGUGCAUCAUCAGGGGGCAGGGAACCCCCCAGGGGUCUGGAGGGGUGGACUGUGGACCAGGCGACCGACAGCCUCGGGCUUUGCCUCCCAAAGCUGUCCUGGGGAGGCCUGUUGAAAGAAGAGAGCGGCAGAGGGAGACUUGCUCCCCUUGCUGUGAGAGAAAGGGCCUGCACACACAGGCAAUGAGCACUAUCUGGCCCUGGGACCCAUAUGUGAGUGUGAAUUUGAAUGGAGCCUCUGUAGGCAGUGGAGAUGGACAUGUCAGCCUCCAGGAGAGGCUGGUGUCCAGAGGUCUGUUCCCCAGAGAAGAUGAGAGGGCCGGUGGCCACAGUGAGCUCUGCUGCCCUUCUAAAACCAUGGAAGAUACUCCUGCAAGGAGUGCAGCUGCCUCCCCUGGGCCCUGGAAUGUCCCUGGGUCUGAUAAACUGCCUGGCACCCUGAGGUCCUGGACCUCCACAGUAAGCAGGUAGAAAGGAUCUCACUGGUCUUGACCAGAUCACACUGUCUGGCUACUCGUUCAGUUCACCAUCGGAUGGAUGCCUGAGAAAAACUCCCUCGCUUUCUCUUCUGUCCUGUU